AUGGGCCUGGGGUUUGGAUGUCUGGAGCGGCCGUUGGCCAACUUUUUCUACAGCUACGGUAUCCUCGUGGCCAGGAAUCCGUAUCCAUUCAUUGCCGUGCCGAUCCUAUUGACGCUCGCUCUGUCUUCAGGGUUCUUUCAGCUAGAGGUCGAGCAGGAUGCCGUCUACCUCUUCACCCCAACCGACGCUCCCUCCAAAACCGAGCGGCGCAUCAUCCACGAGCUCUGGCCCGUUCACGAGAAUAAUUUUGUGCCCGGCCGAGGGGUCGUGACAAGCCGAGAAGCCCAGGUGGCGGUAAUGGCACGAAACGACGGAAAUAUAUUAGAGGGCCACUACACGGCCGCCAUCGAGCGCCUCGACGCGUACAUCCAAAACCGGAUCCAGGUCCGCCAUCGUAACAAGACGUACACCUACCGAGAUCUCUGCUUGAAAUACGGGGACACGGGCUGCGUGACGAAUGACCAUAUCCGGAUCAUCUCCGCCCUCUACGAGCACGGCUUCAACAUCACCUACCCCUAUUUUCGAGCCGGAAACCGUGGCGGCUACAUCGGCUCUGCGAUGGGCGGGGUGACGUUUGCCCGAGGGGACAACGAUACAGUACUUGUUGCCAAAGCGAAGGCCUGGCUGAUGCUGUACCAACUCAAGUUCUACCCGGCGAACGUGUCGGUGAUCUCGGCAAAGUGGGAGAAGGCUUUCAAGGACCACCUAAGCCACUACCCGCCGGACCCGCUGAUCUCGGUCACCUUCUUCCACUCGCAGACGCUGGCCGACGAGCUGACGAAGAACGCCGAGUCGCUUGUACCAAAAUUCAUCACCUCGUUCGUGAUGCUGGUCCUCUUCUCGAUCGCCUGCUCGAUCGUGACCAUCCACGGCACUUGGCACAUCGACUGGGUGCUGUCGAAGCCGGUGCUCUCCGUGCUGGGCGUGUUCAAUGCUGGGAUGGGGAUCGCCUCGGCGGUCGGGUUCUUGGUGCUGAUCGGGGUGCCCUACACGGAUAUUGUGGCUGUGAUGCCGUUUUUGGUUGUAGCCGUCGGCACCGAUAACAUGUUCCUGAUGGUGGCCUGCGUGAGGAGGACCAACCGAGCUUGGAGUGUGGAGAGGAGAAUCGGAGAAUGCAUGUCCGACGCGGCGGUGUCGAUCACGAUCACGGCUCUGACGGAUGCUUUCUCGUUUGGUGUCGGCACGAUCACGACGAUUCCGGCCGUGCAGAUCUUCUGCAUCUACACCUGCUUGGCGCUCGUGCUCACGUUUUUGUAUCAGCUAACCUUCUUCUGCGCCCUUCUCAGCCUGGCCACCGAGUGGGAGGCGCGCGGGCUGCACUGUAUUUUGCAUCGACCGACCGUGCCUCCAAAACUCCAGAACACAUCGUCGGUGUUCGAUCGAGUGCUGUGGCUAGGGUCGCGGCCGCAUCCAGACCCCAACCACGAGACGAACAAGCGGAGCUGUGGUGCCACGCGAUUUUUCCAGGAUAUUUUCGCCCCCAUCUUGAUGCACCCCGUCAUGAAGGGGAUCGCCGCCCUGUGGUACUGCAUCUACAUGGCGUUAGCCAUCUACGGCUGCACGCAGCUGCGCGAGGGCCUCGAGCCGGUCAAUCUGCUCGUGGACGAUUCCUACGCCACCCCGCACUAUAGGGUGCUGGAAAAGUAUUUCUGGAAAUACGGCGCUACCGUCCAGAUCGUCGUCACCAACCCGCCGGACAUGCGCGACGUCGGCAACAGGGCCAUUUUAAAGCAAAUGGCCCACGACUUUGCGACGACAAAGCACUCGAUGGGUGAUGGCAGUCUUCAGUGGUGGCUCCCAGAAAUGGAACGUUUCUAUGGCAAACAGACGGUCGACAUCUCCAGCGAGGAGUUCCUCUCCCUGGCCGCCAACUUUUUCUACGAGAUGCGCAACGACCCGUGGCCGGUGGACGUCAAGUGGCGCCGGGCGGGGGAUGGGCGAUUUGAGAUCUCGGCUUUCAGGUUCCUCGUUGGAAUGAAGAGCAUCUCCUCGACGACCGACCAACAAGAUGCUACCAACGUUUUCCGAGAAGUUGCGGCACGGUACUCACAAUACAACGUCUCCACCUACAUGCCGCUAUGGCUAUUCACCGACCAGUACGCACUCGUCGUGCCGAACACACUGCAGGAUAUCGUGGUGGCCGUCCUUUGCAUGCUGGCUAUCGCGUUCGUGCUGAUCCCGCAGCCCUUCUGCGCCCUCUGGGUGGCCUUCACGAUCGGGUCGAUUGACGUCGGCGUGCUCGGCUUCAUGACGUUGUGGGGCGUCAAUUUGGACGCCAUCUCGAUGAUCACGAUCAUCAUGAGCGUCGGGUUCUCCGUCGACUACUCUGCGCAUAUCACGUAUGGAUAUGUGAUAUCGAAGGAGCCAGAGCCGCGGCACCGUGUUCGUGACGCGCUUGGUGAUCUCGGUUGGCCAGUAAUCCAAGGGGCGGCUUCUACCAUCCUGGCCGUGGCGCUUCUAGCCAAUGUGCCGGCUUACAUGAUCGUCACCUUUUUCAAGACCGUCUUCCUAGCCAUCACUAUUGGACUAGUCCACGGGCUCGUCUUCCUCCCAUUGAUGCUAUCCGUUUUUGUGAGGGGCUGCUGCACGGUUGGAUACAGGCACGACGAUGAACAAUUCACGCUCCCCCUGCCGCCCUCAAACCAUUCGUACACGAGCGGCGACAACCCGAUCCACUCGUUCGGGAUGAGCCACCUCGGGAAGGACGUGCCUCGACACCCCGCACCCGUCAUCCCGGCAUACGACAAUGGCGGAUAUCAGACGGCCGAGAUCCGUCGGCCUCCCCCCGCUCAUCCUCCACCGCCGAUUCCACGACGACCCCAACAGGGUCAGUACGAAUCUGUGGGCCCGCCAAGGCCGCCGAGGAGAUUU